GCUCUUGAAAAGGUGGAAAGUGAAAGUAAAGUUGUCAGUAGGAGAAUGGGAGUGACCCUGGAGCGCAGCAGCAGCAGACGAACGACGCAGACACCACAGCAAGCGUGACUCUGGAUGGUGUCAGCAUGACAUCAUGGACAUACAUGACCCACAUAUUUGUCUUGGUGUUCCUGAACGCAAUUGGUCUGUCGAAGGAGGCGUGUGACGACCACCUGGACAUGGAGUUCUGGGCAAAUGAAAAAAAUGGGACAAAUCUGAAUGACACCUUCUCCCUCGUGACAACUAAAGAUCCCAAGGACACAGUGAAUUGUAGUUUAGAGGUCGAGUGCCUGGAGAAAGGAGACGGGAUUGGGUGUUACCUGCUAAAGCUAUGCCUUUUUAAACUACACCCAAAUAAGAGAAGGCCAGAGUGCGAAGGGAAAAGUACUAAAGUCCAUAUCUAUCACUUCAUGUGCUUCAUGGCGAAAGCUUUCGACCACCCUCUUGAAGGCUGCGAAUACAACACCGUGUGCAAGAUAUUUGCAGAAACAGCGUCUACUCAAUCUGAAACUCUUAGACUCCGAAAAAAUCUAAAAGAGACACAGAAAGAAACAGAUAAGCUGAAGAUGUUGUUAGGGCUGUCUCUGGUCUUGCACGUGAUCGUGCCACUGGCUGGUUACCUCUACAUGCGCCACCAGUGGAUGCGGGACAGGAUGCGGGACAGGAUGCACUCGAGUUUAAUCCACAUGUGCAAUGGGAACUUAACAGCUGACCCUCCAAAGAAAGAGCCAGACGCACCGCCGGCAUCUCUAGACAAGGAUGCGGAGAACACACAUUUAAUCAAGAUGGACAAACAUUCGGACGAUGCAAUUCUGAAUUGCGACAGCGGUGAAGACCAUACGCAGCUUUAAGGGCCCCGCUCACGACGUCGCCUCUGCUUGCCCUUGAAUGUAAACGUCUGUGUGCAUGUAAGAAAGUAUCUGGAUCCCAGGUGGAUCAGCUCAACACUGUAUUGGGACUGUUGUAAUGGGACAGUAUAGAGACAAGUUGACUGAGCUACUCUUGUGGACCAACUUCUGCAGGAUUUGAAUGAACCACAGCAAAUUUGCCAGAGCUUUUUGGAUCGCAGCGACACUUGUAAAGUAUGCCGGCUGUUAAGCCUGACACCGAUGUUGUUAUGUUUUUUUUUUCUUCCUAUGCAUGGAAAAAAAUGUAUGAUGUGAUACACACUGCCAACACUGGCUUUACCAACCAGGACAUGUAAGACCUGACUGACUGGCCCUUCUGGGAGUCUUUAAAAGUGCGUGCAGCUUCUGUGUUACACUAGUUCACUAUACUGAGUAUGAAUCCAUAAAAAUCCAAACCAAAAAAACAGUACAGCAUCAAUGUCUCAGUUUAUAACGUCUGUUUACGUCAAUCAAGUCCAACUAUCCAAAGUGCUCAAGGCUUUUUUUUUUUUUUUUAAUUAUCGUCACUUUUAACUCUCCACUCAUCAGUCCUCUACUCAGUUAGCCAUUUGCAGCUGACCGUCAGACAGAGCAGCACAGGAAGUUCUCUGGGCAGUGGACCAAAAACAAGAAAAAGCACUGCUGUUUUUUGGUAGCUCAGUUAUUUGUUUUUUUAUAUUGUGUGCAUAAAGUUUGAUUGUGAUGAAUUUUUGAAAUGCAUCUUUAGUCGAGCUGCCCAGAGAUUUUAUAUUUCUUUGCUGUAUUAGAAGAUCUGUGAGCCUUAGGGAGUUAGCGAGCUUGAUAUGCUGAACCAUAUCUAGUACUAAAAUGUGAUAACAAUACAAACUGAUUCACAGUAUUUUAACCAAUUUUUCAUAAACUGUGAAAACAAUCUGUAGUUGAUGUGAAACAGUUAUUCUGGAUAGGUGAAUAGAAGUCCUACACUCUUUGUGUUCAAUAUUGUAUUUUAUAUAUAUAUACAGUGUAUAUAUAUAUAUACACAUACACAAUACUAACAACAUGAAAUAGGAUUUCAUAAUCUCAGCAGCAUUUUAUUAUAACACCCUAUCUCAUCAUAUUUAAAAUAAUGUUGGAGUUACAGGAGUUACUCCUUGUCUGGUGCGUUUUCAAUUAUUUUACUAUAGUGUUUGCACUUCAUGUUCCACCAUUUAGCAACUGGGGUGCUUUUUGUUGUGUAUAUAUAUAUAUGUAUAGAUAUACAUAUCUAUGUAUAGAUAGAUAUGUAUUUCACAUUUAUGUUUUUUCUUAUCAGCCAGAAGAGGAACGUGAUGGUAUGUCUGUGCAUGUGUGUGUGUGUGUGUGUGUAGAGGUUAGGGUUAAUGAAUGCAUUGAAAGCUGAGGAGACAGCGCUGAUAGCAAUAAUCUCAUUGCUUGAGAUAAAUCAGUGGCUGGAGCCUUUAGGUUACUACAAAUUACAAUUACUAAAUUAAAACAACCAAAGUGAAAAUUGGCCAUUUCGCUAGCUUCCAAUCUGAUCCUCCAUCCAUGAAACCAGUCCUGUAAGUGCGUAUAGGCUUGCGUAAAGGUCAAUAUGUUUGUCUACUGAUUCAUGGUUAACUUUGAGAAAGGAAGACUUUUGAGUAUUUAUCAUUUUGGCAGCAUAUUUUGUGAAACAUGUUGUGAAUAUUAAACAGAACAUUUAAGUUAUGUCUGAUCUAUGUAUUAUUUAACUCCUCUGGUAUUUUUUGCAAUGUAUGCAUUUUGUCAAAAUGUGAAGAAAUUGAACCUUACUAACAGUUUGAUUGUUAAGUGAUUAAAGCUUCUUUCAGUCUAUCCCGAUAGCAUACACUUUGCUUUGUAGAAAAAUGAGACACUCCAGGUAAACGCCUGUGUAGCUUCCAGUGCCUCGGGCCCAUUCAGUGAACCAGGGUCACUGCCAUUGUUCUCUGAUGGAGUGUCUUGUCUGAUGCUACCACUGCGGGGCACCAACGUCAGAAAUGUUGAAAUUAUGCAUAUAGCAGCUUUAAAAUAUGCAUAAAGCAUGACAUUGCUUAACAAAUAAAGUCAUUCCAAAUUGA